AUGGUUGUCAACAUGAAGCUCAUUCUUGGGAUGAUUACUUCCUUCCUGCUCAUGGCCCACGCGAUCCCUGCUCACCUCGAAACUGCCCUUGUCGCCCGUAACGAAACAAUCUUGGAUCUCCCACUCGAUGACGAUCUUCUCACCUUCAACAUCGACCCUGACAUGGCCGGCCCGGAGUGCGGUUUGACGUAUGAGGCGAACAUCAAUGUGAAGAACCGCGGAGACGAGGCCAAGACCAGUAACUCUUGCAAUCUUGUCUACAAGUACAUCACGAACACGGCCAACGAUGGCAAGACAUCGAAGGACGUCAAUAUUGUCUACACCUGUCCUGGGACUCCCGAGCCAACAGACCCUGAGGGCUAUGGUUCUCUUGACAUCAAGUUCAUUCUCAAUGCACCUUCGGAUUUCGCACGCGAUCAGACCCAAGAACCGGCCACCUUACAUCUUCUCAACAUCCACGAUGGUGCCGAUCUCACGGUGCCAGUCACAAUCAGUUACAAAGUCACGUCAAAUUCGGAGAUUAUCUGGCAAUUCAUGAAUUGUCCAUAA